UCUAGUGUCGCUACGCUAGCAAAUCCAUCGCUGCCAGUUCUUGUCAUGUUUUAAACGCAAGAGCGGUAUUUUUUCCCACUGGAAUACAAGGAGACAUUACCACAAAAUGCUUCCAACGAACUCAACGUCUGAAGGUGCUUGAAUUGCCGUGGGAAUAGACCAGAAGGAUCAACAACAGUUCAAAGUAUUUCUCAAUGCCCCCCAGUCGGCAAGAAUAGCCUUCCAGUUCCCACAUCACUCCACAUCCAUGUUGACUGCGGCAACCUUUCCACUGGGUCUACCAACACCACAACCCCUUUGUUCUUCUGUGGCAAAUAUACGGCUAAACCACGGCGGUUUGUGGAAGGACCAUGGCAUGUUAUAAUGUACAUCCCUGUUUGAGUCUGGAGGAUUGUUUACGCGUUAAAAUGGCUGCUGGAAUUGCAUUUGGAAGAGAGCAGUCUUGAGUCAAUGCAGUAACGUUUCAUUACCCAGCAGAGAAACCUGAAUAUAAGCUACGGAGUCUUACGAAUACUGUUUAAGCUUGGCACAGUAUUCAACGAGUAAGCAGCUAAAUUAGCUUUAAUCGAUGCUCGGCUUUUUCUGUAGGUUCUUCCAACAAGAGGUAGGGUGAAGGGAAUUCCUCCCACUCCAAAUCUAUGCAUGCGGUUAAAAGGCAGCCUUUAAAACCCUUGGCUAACGUUACGUUUUACUAGCCAUUUUGCUUUGCACACAGGCUAAGCUAAGACUACAUUUGAGCAUGACUAACACUCGACGAAUAUGCAGGACUUCUUUGUUUUAAUUGAAGCACCCUGAGUAACCGAGGCUUUCCCCCAAAAAGCAUACCAUAAGGCCCCGGUGUUUUACUCGGCUAGGUCGACCUGGAGGAAAAAAUGGAUCCUGGUGGGAAAUGUAAGACUGAACUGUUCCUAUUUGGACCCAAACUAACCACCCACGGUGACCUGCGGGGGAUCAACAGAUACUUGGUGGUCUAUGUUUUGUUUUACUUUGUACUGUACACUCAUGCAUCCCCGGCGAAACCUUGUGACAAAAACUGUCUCUCUGGAAAAUGUAUCAACGGAUCCUGCGUCUGUGACCGAGGAUGGGUUGGAGACCAGUGUCAGCACUGCCAUGGCAGGUUCAAGUUGACGGAGCCCUCAGGAUACCUCACAGAUGGUCCAAUCAACUACAAGUAUAAAACAAAGUGCACAUGGCUCAUUGAGGGCUAUCCAAACGCUGUUCUUCGGUUAAGAUUUAACCACUUUGCCACAGAAUGCAGUUGGGACCAUAUGUACGUCUACGAUGGAGACUCGAUAUUUGCCCCGCUGGUUGCUGUUUUCAGUGGUCUCAUCAUACCAGAGAUAAGAGGAAAUGAAACGGUUCCUGAGGUUGAGACUACUUCGGGCUACGCACUACUUCACUUUUUUAGCGAUGCAGCCUAUAACCUCACGGGGUUUGAAAUAUUUUACUCGAUCAACUCCUGUCCCAAUAACUGCUCCGGCCAUGGAAAGUGCACGCCCGGUAACUCGGCCGCCAGCAGAGUUUACUGUGAAUGUGACAAGUACUGGAAAGGGGAGGCCUGUGACAUCCCUUAUUGCAGGAACAACUGCGGCAGCCCCGACCACGGCUACUGCGACCUCACCGGGGAGAAGCUGUGCGUCUGUAACGACAGCUGGCAAGGCCCAGACUGCGCUCUCACUGUUCCUUCAACCGAGUCCUUCUGGGUUCUGCCAAGCGUCAAACCCUUUGGCACAUCACUCGCCAGAGCGUCCCAUAAGACUGUGGUGCAGGAAAAGGUCAUGUGGGUCGUUGGCGGAUACACCUUCAACUACAGCUCCUUCCAGAUGAUUCUCAACUACAACCUGGAGAGUGGCAUCUGGAGCACGGUUCCCGUCAGCGGUGGCCCCGCGCCAAGAUACGGCCACUCACUCGCUGCCUACCAGGAUGACAUCUACAUGUUCGGGGGGAAGCUGGAGUCGGGUUUGGCGAACGUGACGGAAGAGCUGUGGGUGUUCAACAUACCCAGCCGGACCUGGCAGAGGAGAACUCCUGCGGGCGGCGCACAGACUCAGAUUUACGCCGUGGAGGGUCACUCAGCCCACUGCAUGCUGCUAGACGAGGGCGAGGCCAUCAUGCUGGUCAUCUUUGGCUACUCCCCCAUCUACAGCUACAUCAGCAACGUCCAGGAGUACAACCUGAGGUCCAACACGUGGGUAGUAACUGAGACUCAAGGUGCCGUUCCCCAGGGAGGUUACGGCCACAGCAGCACGUUCGACAGUGCCAGUGGCAGCGUGUAUGUCCACGGAGGCUACAAGGCACUUCCUGCCAACAAAUAUGGUCUUGUUGAUGACCUCUACCGCUACGACGCCAACACGCGGACAUGGUUCAUUCUGAGAGAGAGCGGCUUUCCGCGGUACCUGCACUCGGCUGUGCUCCUCAGCGGCACCCUGCUCUUCUUCGGCGGCAACACACACAAUGACACAUCGCUCAGCAACGGGGCCAAGUGUUUCUCUGCGGACUUCCUAGCCUACGACAUUGCUUGUGAUGAGUGGAGGGUCCUGCCUAAACCAGACCUGCACAGGGACGUCAACCGCUUCGGUCACUCUGCUGUGGUCAGCAACGGGUCCAUGUACGUGUUCGGGGGAUUCUCCGGCAUGCUGCUCAACGAUGUGCUUGUUUACCGACCCCCCAGCUGCCAGGCUUUCCUGGCAGAGGAGGGCUGUGUGAAGGCUGGGCCAGGGGUGCGCUGCAUCUGGAGCAGAGGUCGCUGUCUCCCCUGGGAACCGAGCAUGGCUAAUGGAAGCGUCAUUCCUGCCCCGUUCUGCCACCCUAAAGCCGUCACCGUGGACGAGCGGUGCUACCGGUUCUCAGACUGCGCCAGCUGUACAGCCAACACCAACGGGUGCCAGUGGUGUGACGACAAGAAGUGCCUCUCUGCCUCCAGCAACUGCACCUCUAAUGUGAGGAACUUCACUGAGUGUCCGGUGCGGAACGAGCAGGUGUGCAGCAAGCUGGCCAACUGCAAGAGCUGCUCGGUGAAUCUCAACUGUCAGUGGGACCAAAAUCAGUCGGAGUGUCACGCUUUGCCUGCCCAGCAAUGCAGCGAGGGAUGGAGCCAAGUGGGGGAGGCCUGUCUGCGGAUCAACUCCAGCCGGGAGAGUUACGACAACGCCCAACACUACUGCAAGAACCUGAACGGAAACAUCGCCUCGCUCACCACUUCCAAACAAGUGGACUUUGUCCUCGAGGAGCUGAAGAAGCUCCAGCAACACGACAAGCGGCUCUCUCCCUGGGUGGGCCUGAGAAAAAUCAACGUGUCGUACUGGGGCUGGGAGGACACGUCCCCCUUCACUAACAGCAGCCUGCGAUGGCUGCCCGGAGAGCCCAGUGACUCCGGAUUCUGUGCCUACCUGGAGGAGACUCAGGUGUCCGGCCUGAGAGCCAAUCCCUGCACUGCCACCGCCCACGGCCUCAUCUGUGAAAAAGCUACCGGAAACCCCAACCAGAGCACCCGUCCGGCCUGUAAGAAGCCGUGCUCGCUGCACACCAGCUGUGCUAACUGCACCAGCCAGGCCAUGGAGUGUAUGUGGUGCGGCAAUGCACAGCGCUGUGUGGACUCCACCGCCUACGUCAUCUCUUUCCCCUACGGCCAGUGUCUGGAGUGGCAGACUGGAGACUGUGUGGCCCAGAACUGCUCCGGCCUGCGGACAUGUUCCCAAUGUUUGGAGCAGCCUGAGUGCGGAUGGUGCGGAGACCCCAGUAGCACGGGGAAGGGCCUGUGCACGGAGGGCUCUUACCGAGGGCCGCUGAAGAGACCGGCGAAGCAGGGACAGCAGGUCCAGCCCACGGACAUGAUCCUGGAGCCGGGCAUCUGCCCCAAAGACAGAGGCUUCGAGUGGGCCUUCAUCCACUGCCCCGCGUGCCAGUGCAACGGCCACAGCACUUGUGUGAACGGCAGUGUGUGUGAACAGUGCCGUAACCUCACCACCGGUCCUCACUGCCAGACCUGCAUGCCUGGUUACCAUGGAGACCCGACCAAUGGCGGCAAAUGCCAGGCCUGCAAGUGUAAUGGUCAUGCAAACGUGUGCCAGGUGUUAACUGGCAAGUGCUUCUGCACCACCAAGGGCAUCAAAGGCGACCAGUGCCAGCUAUGUGACUCAGAAAACCGUUACCUUGGCAAUCCACUCAGAGGAACCUGUUACUACAACCUCCUGAUAGACUACCAGUUCACCUUCAGUCUCAUCCAGGAAGAUGAUAAUCACUACACCGCCAUCAACUUCAUGGCCUCACCUGAGCAGGCUAACAAGAACUUGGACAUGUCCAUUAACGCAUCCAACAACUUUAACCUGAACAUCACCUGGUCGGUGGGAUCCACAGCUGGAACCAUCUCAGGAGAGGAAGUGCCCAUUGUGUCCAAAACUAACAUCAAGGAGUACAAAGACAGUUUCUCCUGUGAGAAGUUCACCUUUAGAAGCAACCCCAACAUCACCUUUUAUGUCUACGUCAGUAACUUCUCAUGGCCCAUCAAGAUCCAGAUUGCCUUCUCGCAGCACAACAGCAUCAUGGACCUCGUCCAGUUCUUUGUUACAUUUUUCAGUUGCUUCCUGUCUCUACUCUUGGUGGCUGCAGUGGUUUGGAAGAUCAAACAGACCUGCUGGGCUUCACGACGGAGAGAACAACUGAUGAGAGAGCGUCAGCAGAUGGCCAGUCGUCCGUUUGCCUCAGUUGCGCUCGCACUGGAUGCCAGGGGAGAAGAAACGGAACUGUUGCAGCCUGUGGUUGAAGGUGCGCCUAAACCCGUUGCCAUGGAGCCGUGUUCAGGGGGAAAAGCUGCUGUGUUGACCGUCCUCAUGCGUCUGCCCUCUGGGCUCUCAGACUUACCUCCUCCAGGACAGUCAGGACUCAUCGUUGCCAGUGCGCUGAUAGACAUUUCCCAGCAGAAGCCAUCAGAUUUUAAGGACAAGUCCCUGGGUUUAAAAAACAGAAAAGCCCAUCAUCCAACUCACCAAGGCACCUGUGUGUGAGUCUUUCCAGAGGCAUGGCUACAUGUACAAGAUAACACUUGGCUGCUACCACUCGAGUUUUCACUGAAACUUGCAAAGUCCACAAGAGCACAACCCUGCUUACUUUUCCUGCCCUCUGCUCUAAUCUGCGUAAAUCCACUUCUGGUCACGUGAUCUCCGAUCUCUGGAACAACUUCACUCCAACUAGACGGGCCCAAAUCUCUUCCCUUCAGCUUUGGCAAACCUUGUUGUGUGCGCUAAGAGGGAACCUGCCUGAUCAGCGAUAUCAGAGACAGAUUCAUCGAGGGGAUUCGCUCCCAUUGAAGCUUCUGACGUGAAUACUUUGCAACAGCUCAUCAUCCAUUUCGCUCCGCACGAGGGAAGGUGUCUGUACAUUGGGUCAGAUAAACACGACACAUUCUGCCUAUGGGGGUUUCGUUCUUUUUGCUUGCCAACAAGUGGUAUUCUAUGGUGCUAAAGCGUUUAGUUCCUAUGCGAAUGCCUUUGCUAAAUCACUCUGCCUUUUUGCGGGGACAGCUAUGCGCCAUGCCUCUUUUUAACACCCCCGUGAUAGUGUUUCAACAACACCACUUUGCCAAUUACCAUUAAUGAUUUGCUUUAGCAUUUCCUGUACAUAGGUUUCAUCCAGCCAGCUGAAGCUAAAGUCUGUAUUUUCUGUGUGAUACAAAUGCUGCAGAGAGACUGCAAACACUACCAGCAGCAUGUAGGGAACACUGCGAACAGCAAGAGGCACGAACAAACCAUCAGUCAUAGGACAAAAGCAUGGAACAACUCCUAAACAUAGGAACAAUUAGAUGCAUUUAAUUAGCAAACUAGAAGUUUCAUUUGUCGCAAAAAGCCAGAUUGUUUUUUUUUGUGAGUGUGCUUACUGUUACAAAGAAGUUACAUAAUGCAAAGAAACACUGAUGUUCUGGUGGAUCUUUACUGUACUUUGUGAUUGUGUCAUUUUGCUGUGCAACUUUUUACACUUGCCCUUGGGCUGGUGUGGUGGGCAGAUGUCGUUGGAAGAAAAAGAUGAAGAAAAAAAAAGACCAGGGACAUCACGCUCCUGUGGCUGUUUACCAGUUUGUUUUGUACGUUUUUUUUUUUAAGAGCCCUCUGACGCUAUGACUUUGUUUCCUUCCUUUAGUAUAAGGAGUUACGUUACCUUUUUUAUAAUACCUUGGAUUUCCAUGGGCCUGUUGAUCUGCAGAUUUUUUAAAAGCUGUCGACCAUUUCUAGCCCCGGCCUCCACCCCGAGCUGUACAGUGUCUUGUUGGAACAAAUGUGAGUCUUUGUCACUCUUAUCUCUUGAGAUGUGUUUGUCAGGUUUUUAUGACACAACGGCAAGAGAUUAUCAUUUAUUUUAGGCCUUGUCACCUGUUACUAUUAUAUCUAUGAUAAAUUGUCUUUUGCUACACUUGUGAAAAGAGAAUUUCCGUUAAUAUUUUUUGUUUUGAUAUUUAACAGAUUCCUGUGUAAUAGCAUUUAACUUGAUUCUAUCGUUGACUUAAAUCGGUUGUUUUUGGGCUGUAUGGGCAUUGUCUUGCUUUUUCGUUUUGCAAAUCGGUCCCUUUGAUGCAUUUCAUAAGGAUAGUAUGCCAGCUGUUGUGUUUUUAUUUUGUGUUUGUAGAGUAAUCCUAUAACAGUGUCAUUACACAGGAAUCAGAGUCUAACUGUACCGUGAACAAAAGAUGAUGAACUGCAUAUCAGUAAUCUUCAGUGUAUUUUAAAAAUGGACAACAUGCCAGAAAAUUAAAAAAAACAGACCU